CACAGCGUGCCGGGCCGGGGGAGCGGCCGGGCCGGGCCGGGCCGGGAGUGCGGGCGGCGGGGGCGCGCUCGGGGGCCCGGGCCGCGUGGGCGCCGGGAUGGAGGGCGCCGAGGGGCGGGGAGCGGGCGUGCGUGUGUGUGCGAGCGCGAGGGAGGCCGGCCUUUAGUGUAACCGGAGCUACAAAGAGGGGGAGAGUCCGGGAGAGGGAGGGAGCGGCGGCGGCGGCGCCGGGGGCCUCUCCGCACCCUCCCCCUGGGCAGGAGCCCCCUCGAAGCGGCCUCGGCCCCCGACGCGGGGCCGCCCCUCGGCGCCCGCCCGCGCGCCCGGAAUGAUGAAGAAGAACAAUUCCACCAAGAGGGGGCCUCAGGAUGGAAAUCAUCAGUCUGCACCGCCCGAGAAGGUCGGCUGGGUCCGGAAAUUCUGCGGGAAAGGGAUUUUCAGGGAGAUUUGGAAAAACCGCUACGUGGUGCUGAAAGGGGACCAGCUCUACGUCUCUGAAAAGGAGGUAAAAGAUGAGAAAAACAUUCAAGAGGUGUUUGACCUGAGUGACUAUGAGAAGUGUGAAGAGCUCCGGAAAUCCAAGAGCAGAAGCAAGAAGAAUCAUAGCAAGUUCACUCUUGCCCACUCCAGACAGCCCGGGAACACGGCACCCAACCUGAUCUUCCUGGCAGUGAGUCCAGAAGAGAAGGAAUCAUGGAUCAACGCCCUCAACUCCGCCAUCACCCGAGCCAAGAACCGCAUCUUGGAUGAGGUCACCGUUGAGGAGGACAGCUAUCUCGCCCACCCCACGCGAGACAGGGCCAAAAUCCAGCACUCUCGCCGCCCCCCAACUCGGGGACACCUAAUGGCCGUGGCUUCAACCUCUACCUCGGAUGGCAUGCUGACCUUGGACCUGAUCCAGGAGGAAGACCCUUCCCCUGAGGAACCAACCUCCUGUGCUGAAAGCUUUCGAGUCGACCUGGACAAGUCUGUGGCCCAGCUGGCAGGCAGCCGGCGGAGAGCAGACUCAGACCGUAUCCAGCCCUCCUCGGACGGGGCAGGCGGCCUUCCCCGACCUUGGGAGAAGCCGGACAAAGGGGCCACCUACACCCCCCAGGCACCCAAGAAGUUGACCCCCACAGAAAAAGGCCGCUGUGCCUCCCUGGAGGAGAUCCUGUCUCAGCGGGACGCUGCCCCAGCCCGCGCGGUCCAGCUGCGGGCCGAGGACUCCCCGAGCCCCAUCCCACCCCAUCCCGGGCAGCUGUCCCGCAUCCAGGACCUGGUAGCAAGGAAACUGGAGAAGACUCAGGAGCUGCUGGCAGAGGUUCAGGGACUGGGAGAUGGGAAGCGAAAGGCCAAGGACCCCCCUCGGUCUCCUCCCGAUUCUGAGUCGGAGCAGCUGCUGCUGGAGACAGAGCGGCUGCUGGGAGAGGCGUCCUCGAAUUGGAGCCAGGCAAAGAGGGUGCUGCAGGAGGUCAGGGAGCUGAGGGACUUGUACAAACAGAUGGACCUGCAGACCCCCGACUCCCACUUCAGGCCGACCACCCAGCACAGUCAGUACCGGAAGAGCCUGAUGUGAAGGAAGGGGACAGAGUCUGGAAUGUGUGGGGGUGGACGUUCUUAUCUCCAGGUGUUGCAGGAUACAGCUUUUUUAUUUACCUCAGUCAAAAAAGAAAACAAAAACACAGUCGAA